AGUGCGUGGGUUGGAGGCUUUUUACCCCUGCUAUGUUUUUUCACCGAGCAGCUCCUGAGAUCGCGUUUUUCCAGAUGAACUUUGAAUUCUUUUAAUGACCGAUUACUUAAUCUUGUCGAAGAAAUUCAGAGAAAACGCCAUGCAGCUUUCAUUUGUCUUUUUGCCAUCGGAGUAUCUGUUCCAUAUGGUAAUCUACAGUCCAAGACUGAAUAGGACUACAGUGUGAAUAGUCGCCUUUCUUCAACAGCCUUUGGAAGAUAAUUUUUGACAGCUAUUGGAUUCAUUUUUUUUUUUGUUAAUUUGUGGUUAAUAUAUUCAUUGCUUGACAUUAUGGCUGAGGACAGAGAUACAGGGGUUUUAUCCACGGCUAAAAAAACUGCCAAUGCCAUUAAAGAAUUUGGAUCUAGACUGACACGGAAAAAAUUCGUCGAUACAGAUGUCAUGGAGACCAACCUUCGUCGCUGUCUCAAUACGGCAGAUAUUACAAUGUUGGCAAUCGGGCACAUGAUAGGCUCCGGCGUGUACGUCCUUACAGCAACUGUUGCCAAGAAUAUGGCAGGACCUGCCAUUGUGUUAGCCUUCCUCUUCAGUGGAUUUGCUUCCUUUCUGGCUGCCCUGUGUUAUGCAGAAUUAGGAGUGCGCUAUCCAAGAUCGGGAUCUGCCUACUCUUACACAUACCUUGCUCUGGGAGAACUCUGGGCCUUCUUGGUAGGUUGGAAUGUAGCUCUGGAGCAUGUGAUUGGAGCAGCCGCUAUAUCAAGAGCCUGCAGUGCUUAUAUAGAUUCUUUGGCUGGAGGAGUCAUUAGCAAUGCCACUGAAAAUGCCAUGGGUGCCAUUCACGUACCCUUUAUAGCAGAACGUCUAGAUUUCCUGGCUUUCGGGAUAUUGAUUCUUUUCACUGUCUGCCUUUCAUUUGGGGUGAGAAUGACAUCACAUCUUAAUAAUGUUUUCUCAGUCGCCAAUUUGGUCGUCAUCGUGACCAUCAUAUGUGUGGGUGCUUAUUUCGCAGAUACUUCCAAUUGGACCAAUCCAGCAACAGGUGGUUUUAUGCCUUUUGGCUGGUCAGGCGUCUUAGCAGCUUCCGCAUCUUGCUUCUAUGCGUAUGUAGGUUUUGACUCAAUUGCAUCUUCCGGAGAAGAGGCAAGAGAUCCACAAAAAUCCAUACCAAGGGCCACCAUGAUUUCUAUGGGAAUCGCCACUACGACUUACGUAGCGGUAGCUACUGUUCUUACACUCAUGGUCAAUUAUCAGGAUAUUCACGAUGAUUCGGGACUGCCAGAUGCUCUAGCAGCACAUGGAGCCCACUGGGCGAAAAUUGUUGUGAUCGUUGGCGCUGUUAGCGGAAUGGCAACUGGAAUUAUUGGCAGUCUAUUUGCACUUACCAGAGUAAUUUAUGUUAUGGCUGAUGAUGGCCUGCUGUUUGCAUUUUGCUCUAAUGUGAAUACAAAGACGAAAAUCCCAUUAGGGGCCAUGUACAUUUUCGCUUCUUUGUCAGCUCUUAUGACACUAACUUUGGAUAUCAAUACCCUAGUGGAAGUUAUGUCCAUCGGAACUUUGUUCGCCUACUUAGUAGUCAGUGCUUCGGUCAUCAUCUUGAGGUAUAGACCCAACUUGUGUCCCAAGGAUGACAGCCAAGAAUUGUCCUCCAUCGGCAGCAGCACUGAAAAAAUAGAAGAUAUUGGUGCUGGAGAAUUUAAGGCACGUUUUCAGAUGUUGAGGACCUAUUUGGAUUGGUGGCCUGGUCGUCUAGUUACAAUGAGCGUUCUCUGUUUCGUCAUUUUUACCUUCCUGACUUGUGGAUUCGUGACAGGAUGUUCUUCAAGCAUCGCAAAUGGAUCAUGGUGGAGUAUCAUCAUUCUAGUGGUGCUGCUGUUUUGCACCAUCUCAUGCUUCGUCAUCAUUACACUACAUCAGCAAUCCACUGCUCCUCUCCGAUAUAAGGUGCCCCUGGUUCCUCUGAUUCCUGCUUUAAGUAUAGUUGUGAAUGCCGUCCUCAUCGUCAACCUACAGGCAGCCACCUGGCUCAGGCUGCUCAUAUGGGUGGCUGUUGGUUUGUCAAUGUAUCUAUCGUACGGCUUAGGCCACAGCAAAUUGGAUGCCACUUCACCCAAAUCCACUCUCCUGAAACCGGGAGCUUCACAACUUCCCACCUGGGGAUCUUUGGAACGAGAACCUUCUUUUGACGCAGCCCAUAAGACAGAACAUUCUACGGACAAGGGAAAACAUCCAAUCCAAUCCUCACUGUCUAAAGAGUUUUUGGUUGAUAAUGUGGAUACAUCGCCAUGAACCAAACACGCACUGUAAGUUCAUUGAAAUCCGCUGCAGAUGGCUGCCGCAUGUUAAUUGUAUGGGAUAAAAACUGGCCUCAUCUGUGACGUUUUGCAAUUUGGUGUCUCCAAGCUCUUGUUGCAUGAUUGUUGUUCUUGAUAAAUCUGUGAAAAAUGGAAGGCACAAUGAAAAUAAAUGACUAUUAUUAAUUCUAUAUAUCCUGCAAGAUUGGUGUCUACUAUAUAUUGCCACAUUAUGACCGCCAUUCUUAAUAAAUCUGUAUAAAAUGAAGGAUAUAGAGAAAAAGAGCCAAAUGUGAUUAUUAUUAAUUCCAUGUAUCCUGCAGAAUUGGUGUUUCCUUUGUGUUGUCACAUGAUUGCAACUAUUCUUGAUAAAUCUGUAUAAAAUGAAGGGCACAGAGAAAAAGAGCUGAAUGUGAUUGUCACUUAUUCUAUAUGCCCUAUGGAUUUGGUGUCUCCUUUAUGUUACCACAUUAUGACUGCCAUUCUUGAUAUAUUUGCUUAAAAUGAAGGUCACAGAGAAAAGAGCUAAAUAUUAUUAAUUCUUUGUGCCCUGGGGAUUUUGAUAUAUCCAUGAUUUUACUAUAUGACUAAUGUCUUGAAAACUUAUGUAAAAUGAAAGGCGCAAAGAAAGAGAGUUAAAUGUGAUGAUUGUUAAGCUGUUCCUGUACUUAUUGUUAGCUUUGAGUAUGAAUAUUUUAAGUAUGUAAACGAUGUAUUAAACAUUGUGCUGUAUUUACGUGUAUAAAUAUGUGUUAGAAGUCAUUAAAAAUGCAUGCAGCUAUGGAGAGCUAAAAUGUUCUUGCGGUAAUCUCCUGAUAAGAAUAAAUGUUCAAUAUUUAAAUGUUGAAUUAUAUUAAAAGUUACA